CCAGGUCUCUUCAUCUAUCCUCUUGUGGCUUCACUGAGCCUUUACACCGCCAUCUUGCUCGGUCGAUCAUGGAAUAUCCUCUGUAAAAGAAAACCCGAGCUAUGUCGGGAUUGCAGACUACCCUACUCGGCAUUAGCGGAGAGGCCUACGGGCAGAUUGGAAAGCGCGUGAUCUCGUUCACGAUUGGUCUGAUCUCGUUGGCGUCCACCUGUACGUUCUUACUGGGCGUGUCGGAGCUGAUGUUCUCUAUCAUCUACCCUUACCAAACCUUCAGCUUCUGCUACUGGCCUCUCAUCAUAUUCCUCAUAGUGUGUCCUCUCCUAUGGUUUUCUGGCCCAAAGGAACUAUGGGAGGUGGGAGCAGUCGGAACCUUCGCUACAUUCCUCGGUUCUUACAUCAUGGCGAUCAAAGCAUUCGGUGUGUUAGGUGGGGUGUCCAACAGACCCCUCACCAUCAUCACGCACUCUGCGGCUUCGGACGGCGGAUGGAGCGGCUUCUUCGGCCUCGUCGGGUCCUCGUUUUUCCUGACGGGUCCCCACUACAUCAUGCCCACCAUACAGAGGGAUAUGGCCGAACCGCAGUAUUUUACGAAGGCUAUAGUCAGAGGAAUGGGGAUCCAGAUGCUUGCGAUGUUCAUCCUGGUAAUACCAAUCUGGCUUGCCUUCAGCGGCCCCUUGGCUGAGAUAGGGUAUGUGGAGAGCGUUCUCAAUGCCGUGCAGGCCGGCCCAGUCCGUACCGUCGUCUCUGUGCUUCUACUCUUUCACUUCGUAGCCGUGUUGGUCAUGAGUAACAACCCUCUUUUUCAAGAACUAGAACAUAAAUUCGAUAUACCGCAUGCAUUUAACUGGAAGCGAAUAGUUCUUCGCACGUGCAUUUUUUUGUUGGAGUUCUUCAUCGUGGAAACAUUCCCUCACUUUGCCAUUGUGACGUCAUUAACAGGUGGCAUUUUUCUUGCCGGGCUAUCAAUGGUGGCGCCAAUUUUCAUCCAUCUAAAACUCCGCAUGAUGGAGACGGCCGAUGACCCGGAUGAAGCUGGUAUCUCGAUGCCGGACAAGUUAGUGUGUAUUCUUUCGGUGCCUGCCUACCUACUCAUGGUCGCUGGUGUUAUUUACUACGCCAACUUCAACAUACACAAUGGUGUUACGGUGCUAACUGUACCGUGUUAUGUCAACGCCACCGCGGCUCACGUUUAACACUACACCAUCGCAAUCGAACAAACUAAAGAGGCUGGUUUUGUGUCCGGUGUUCAUGUCCAGUGUUCACGUCCGGUGUUUAUGUUGGUGUUAACAACGUACAGUGGCUGUAUGGUUCAGUGCAUGGUUCAAUGAUAUAAUUAUGUUUAAAUGGGCGUGGUUGAUAACAAAAAAAAUGACACUAAGGCCAGUGGUGUUCAGAAUACUUAUGACUUAACACCAAGGCACGAUGGCAAUUUGUGCCUGUAAAGUUUGGUAACUAUUAUACCUGGCAAGACGGUGAUUGCAAUGCACUGCUAGCAGACUUAAUGGUGUUGUAAGAAAUUUAAAAGAACCAACCGAGUAAAGCUAAUACCGCAUGCAAAUCUGCUUGCAACAAAAUGUACUUACACUAGGAAAGGAAAGGAAUACGAAGAAGAAAACAAGAGUUUGAGCGAAAGACGGAAUUUUUAUUGGAAAUUUGUAAAAGCCUCUUACAUAUUGAUUAAUCAGGAUGAAGAUGAUAAUCAUGUUUUGCCAGUAUUUAUGUCAGGCUGCGAUGUUUGUGAUGUUGAUGAUAUCGUUUAUUAUAAUUAAAUAUUGAUGACAAUGAUCAUAACAGUAAUUCUGAGAUGAUUGAAAUUAAACAUUCUAUAAAAUAUGCAGGGCAUUCAUGAUAUCAUGCCAGUAAACAAUUCUAUUUUCAAUCAAAGUGAAUUUUCGAAUGUAUCCCCUGUACUUAUAAUGCUGUAUUUCUAGCAUCCUUACAGUUGAACUUAGAAAACCUCGUGUGUAACUACUGAAUGCUGUUCUGGAAGUAUUAUUGCUUAAUGUCAAUGUUGGCUCUAGAAAGUCAGACUUAAUAUAAAGCAAAAGCUCAAGCCAAAUUCACAAGGCAAUAUUUUGUAUUCACGAAUAAUAUCAAUUGAAUCACACUCUAUCUAAUACUAGGUUUACAUGUACUUAUGUUUCAUCUGAACGACAAAUUUCUCUCCUAAAUUUAUCCUACUUUGUUUUUUAUGAAUGAUAUUGAAAUCUUUCUCUUUAUAAUUGUUAUGCAUAUAUUUCAUGCUGUACAAUAAUUUCCUCUCCUCAAUUUCUCAUUAUUUUAUUUUCAACAAAAUCUUUAAAAAUUUAAUAAUAAAAAGUAAAUAAUCUGUUUGAUUAGUACAAAAUAAUUUGUAUUAAAAUAACGAAAAGAUGAAGAUAGCUAUAUGUAUUCGACAAACACUUUGCCAAACUAUUCUAAAUUUUUCUACUUAGUUAUAAACUGUCGGAUGUCAAAGAACUGACAAAUAACGAUGUAUGACGUAUGCAAUCACCGUUGAUUACUAUUAUAUUACAAGUAUGUAAAGUGUUAUCAUGUUAAAAAGUGCAUUGGAAAAAGAGUAUAUCAUGUAGCUAAGAUAGUGUUAAAAGAGAAUGGUUUUUCAUGUUUGUUUAAGGCGUAGAAUUUAGUCAGAAAACACUUAAUUUAGUAACUAACCUGAAUAUUCUGAAACGGGUGUGGGGAGAGAUCACAGGAUGACUCCAAUUUUAGGAGGUUUUUUUUUAAUGAUUCUGGUCUUUUCCUUUUUUUAAUUACCAAGAAAUAUACAAACGCCUGAACGUUCAAAUGCUUUAGCCUGUUGAUGAAAGAAAGUAAGAACAUCUCUUACAUUCAGUUUGAUUUAGCUACAAUGUGUGCUGCAUUAAAAAGAAUGAAAAUAGGUGAAAUAAUUUAUCCCCACUGUUAUUAGUACUAUUAACGUAUUUUUGAAUAUUGUAGUUCCGAGUAUAUAGGUAUACAAAGUGAAGCUUAUGUUGUGUAUAUUUUGUUUUAAACCGUGAAGAAUAGUAUGGAUAAUUUAUAUCAAAUUAUAUAUUUAUUAUAUAUUUAUUAUAUUGUGUUAGCUUGUGUUACUUAGUGCAACAGUUUAAUGAUAGUGAUUUUCGUUGUUACCACUGAAUGUGUGGGGGCGACACGCUACAUACAGAAGAGAUAUUCUACAAUGUUUACUUGUACAGUAUCAUGCGAGGAAGCGUAGCGACCGAGCGAGAAGGUUUUCCGGAUUUUGUAGUUGUUGAAUAGUUUAAACGAUAUUGUAUUCUAGAACACUUAUUAUGAACCUAGAAUGUGUUGAACCCUUUACUUAUUGAACCCUUUACUUGUUAUUAGUGUUACAUGUACUUGCAUCUUUUCAACAUUUAAGGGGGGAUUAGCGCAGACAAUUUUCCGGGGAGACGUGCCCCUCACCGUCCCCGGGAUUGCCGCCCAUGUUCCCAAUAGUUUCAGCCAAGCCUAUCUGACAUUUCGGUUUUUGGGGUCGCUGUUAGUCUCCUGGUGUAUAUGCCUAACAAUCUAACAGAUUUAAUGUACUUAAUCCAAAGGGGUGCAACAGCAUCAUCUUUUUCGAAAAGGGAGUAUUUUAUUUUCUUCAUAGAAAUGGGAAUGCAGAAAUAUUAAUUUAUUCCACAAACCUAUUUUCAAAGUUGAUAAGACUCUUGGGCCAAGAUAGCACGGCAUUCAAACGAACAUUGCCGAAAGUGAAGGCUUUGAAGCGUGUUAUGCAGUGGCCCUCGGGCCUCGGUUACUCACAAGUGAAAAGAAACUUUCAAAACGUGGACUUCCAUCUCAUAAUAACACACAAAAUGACUAGCAGUUGAGCAUCCAACAGUAUUACCAAAGCAAAUACAAAGCAUAGUUGUAAUCAUUUCACAACAUACUUUUGCUAUAUUUCCCAACAUCUCAAUUCUAUCCGCAUGCACUUUUCUUUGUUGGAUACAGAUUUUUAUUCUUAGCAUUCGUUUUCAUCUUACAGUUCAUUUCCGUGACUUGUGCCGGACUAUUGUAUUCGGCUGUUACCAUUCAUUGUGUGAAAUUGCAGAUUGUAUUGAAUGUAUGAAGGCAAGAGUGGGGUGAUUGUCAUCCAUUAUGUCUUUGCCAAACGCGCCAAAAUUAUCAGCCAAACAUUCCCGAAAGAUUAUGAUAAAAAUUACUGCUUUCUCUUCGCGUCAGAAAUAUUAGAGAAGUGUGUGAACUUUAUCCCUUUCUUUAAAAUACACUCCUUAAAGAUACACUAGCACUGCCCUUGUUGUUAACCUAAUUAACAUUAUAUUGCCCGACCUAACACCAAUCUGCGAUCUGACUAUCAAUACACAAUAUCUCGCAAUAUGUCAAUGUAUAUAAUUGUAAUACUUUGUCAGUAUGCAAAUU